GCGGAAGCGGGGCCCGCCGGCCAUGGCGGUCUUCCACGACGAGGUGGAGAUCGAGGACUUCGAGUACGACGAAGAGACGGAGACCUACUCGUACCCCUGCCCCUGCGGGGACAACUUCCUUAUCAGCAAGGAAGACUUAGAAAAUGGAGAAGAUGUUGCUACCUGCCCAAGCUGUUCCCUCCUUCUAAAAGUGAUAUAUGACAAAGAUCAGUUUAUGAGUGGUGAAAUAGUUACAGCACCUUCCAGUAACAAGGAAUUGGUUAAAUGUUGAAGACCACCUCAAUAAUUUAUUCCAAACUUCCACGGAUGGACCUUGGACGAAUGAGAAAUGUCAAAAACAGGACUUCUGGACAGUGGCUGUGUAACUGGUGGUGUCAUGACAAAGGGCAGCUUUUUUAGGUCACUGACUGCAAUACUGGGGACAAUAAAGAGCUGAGCUAGCACAAGUGUCCAGAUUGGGAUUUUUGUAUGUACAAGCUUGAAUGUUUAUCCAGUUUUAAGUUGUCGUACUUUUUAGAAUUGCCAGAGGACGUCGCCAAAUCAGCAGAGGUUUCUUCAAAUUCAUUAUGUAAUACACUGUCUUUUUUUUAAAACUUAAUCUAGUGCAUCCUCUACCUCAAAAUCAGUAGCAUUUUUCAGCAGACAAUGUGGGUGGAUCAUACUGAUCAUUCAAAGUUCUCCUAAUUUGAGAUUCACUCCACAGGAUUGACUUUUCUGUUCAGUCCCCUUUCCCCCCGAAAUAUUUUUUUAAAAAAGAUUGAGUCUUGGGGUUGAAUUAGCACCUCAUGUUGUUUUCCAGUCAUCUGCAAUGGCCAGGAAGAGAAAGUACAGUAAAUUGACAAUUUCCCAAAAGGUAACGGUUACUUGUGUCAUGGAAGAUAAGGAGAAGUCAAACAGUGAAAUUUUUUAGGGGAAGAGGAGGAAGAAGAGAAACUGCCAGAGACCAUCCAUCCUACCCAGAAAGAAGCUGGACAGCACUAGCAGUCAUUGAAUCUGCAAUAAAUAGCAGUAAUGUGAAUGACGGUGUGUCUAAAACAAUUGACCGAAUCACUGAAGUUGUCUGAACUGUAUAAGAACACCACAGAACCAUAUUCUCUAUAUUAAACAAGAACUAAAAGCUUUAAA